AUGGUUGAGACGACAGCAAACCACAAACGACUGGUAGGCAAUGUAUGUUUGCACCGCGCAUUAGCCCCCGAGCGACGAUUUCUCCGGCGCAACCUGCGUCACAUUCUGGAUUCGCACGAGAGUAUCCUUAGACGUGCUACUGGCGCCAGAGACAUCGCUGAAGCGCAUGAGGGCAUGGUCGCGAACGAGAGGACUUCUGCUGGGUGGAAUUACCCUACUACGGAGAUGUUGGAGUGUUUGAUGAAGGGUCAGAAGCCGCUUCUUUCUGUUGAGGGGCUACGCAUUCAGCAUCCGAAGUCGAAGGCGGCGACAGUGAGACGGUCUGAACGAAGGAUGGGAGUGACUGAUGGCCUGGAGUGGCUUCCUUCGACAGAUGUGGGGUUCAGCCUGCCUUGCAAUGUUGUCUUCAACAUAGUCAACUCUGAAGCUGGCAGUGAGAGGAGGGGAAUCUACCAUGAGACGAGGUCGGCGACCAUCAACGGAAAGAAGGAAAAUGGAGUAUCUGACUUCGAUAUCGAGCUGGAUCAACCCUUGUCCAUCCCAGUGGAGAAAUUGUUCACCGUCAAGGAGACCGGCAAGAAGCCUUAUCGCUGGAAGCGAACGGUAACGACCAAGUAUGACCUCAAGGUCAUGAUUCGCUGCCAGGACAGCGAAGACACUGCCGACCUACUGUACCAACUCGAGGGCAACGAUGCAGCCGGCAGGAAUCGAGACAGCUACGCGGGAACAACAGCAGGUGCCGGAACACUCACAGCUGUCUGGGAAAAGCUUCCAGAGUGUCCUCCUCCUGGCCAUACAAUAUCAUUGGUGCGCCCGAAGGAAGGCAAGGUCGGCCAAGCUUCGUCGCUCAAGCCACUGAGUUCUGGGUAUCAACUUCAGCUAGCUAUGGGCUGGACUGAACGGAAAGGUACCGUUCUGGAACGGUACAACAGGAAGCGCGAGACUGUGAGCAGGACAAGUAGACAGCUACCGACGCCAACAGCUUCAGAUGAUCUUGAAAAGGAACCGCAGCGAUGCGAGGUCGUCUACAAGUAUCAAGACGGGCUGUACACCAGGACAAAGACAGUGGAGGGUCUCACUUGUCCUCUCUGCCCCGGCGCACCUGUGCAACCGUCAAUGAGCAGACUGAGGCUGCAUUGUGCGACUUACCACGACCACUUCAAGUUUGAAAUGGAAGACGCCGGAUUGUCAGCAAGAGCCAUGGGACGCUACACCGUGUGGAUCAGCUUAGGCGCAGAAGAUUCGACGGAGAAGGUGAGGAAUGCGGCCGAUCCAGCUGAACAGAUGAACUGGACCGCACCGCACCGACCUUUCGAUGUCGAUGCGCAGCUUGAUGGCGAAGACGACUGGAUGGGCACGCGGCCCAAACGGAAGACCGGGCGAAGGAAAGGAGCCAAGGCCAAAAUCAACGGUGCUUCAGCCCACGGCACACCUCAGCCUGUCCGGAAACGCCCUGCGCCAGAAGAAGUUGAGGAUUUGCCAGACAUGCGGCCUGCCAAGCGUAGAGUGCCCAACGUACCAGGCGUCCGAUUCUACCACACCACCUCGAAGCAAGUCAUCGAGCCCGGCUCGCUGGUCUCUGACAGCGACGAGGACAUCGACGAGUCCUGGCAUAAGGAGAAGACCAGCCAUGUGCUCGAAGAAGCCGGCAUCACCGGCGCAGCGAGGGACUUCUCGCUCCUGUGGGACGCGCAUAUGGAGCGCGAGCAGCCUGAAUCGAGCCUCUUCGUGAGGGAGGCACUGGUGCGGUUCACACGGCAGCGUCGGCAGAAGUUGCAAGAUCCGGAAUGGCAGCGACUAUUCAAGGAGAAGUUGCUGCUGCUUCAUGAACACAACAUCAUCGGGCACGAGACGUUCUCAUACUGUCUUGAGCAGACAAACGGCGGACACAGAGCUCCGACUUCACAUCAUGAGACGCCUGCAACCGCGGGAGCUGCACCGGAUCCCCAGAUGGGUAAUGGAAGAGACGGAACACCCGGUCUCAACGGCCACGCAACGGGUAGGGAGAGGAAGAGAUGGGUCAACGGGAAAUUCGUCAGCUUCGACGGCGAUCGUAGCGUGACGCCGUCCGUCAACGGCGAACAAGCAAGGGAACCUCUGACCAACGGAACGGCGAAGGCGAAGGGUAAAGCGCCUAGCAUAGCCACACAGAGUACCGCAAGCGCGAAGGUGAAAGGACUGUGCUUCUGUGGACAGUCGGCUUCGUGGCAGAUGGGGAGUAUUGCUUGUGCUGAUCUGGGAUGUGUCCAAAAGGACUUCCACCUCGCUUGCGUUGGCUUGGAGCAGAGGGUGCACGGAUGGCGAUGCCCUGAUUGUGCUUGA